GUCAGUCGGGUGGCAACUGUCGGUGAAUGUUGCCCAAAGAAUAUUCCUCCUCGGAUCCAUUCAUAUAUAUUAUUUUUUCUCCCCCAAAGUGUUGCAGUGGCUCAUACUCCAAAAAAGAAUUGUGUGUCUGUGAUUCUUUCUAAAAGAAAAAAUGAUUCUUUAGUUGCAAAUUUUUUUUUAAACAUGUGAUUCUAUUAAUAAAAUUUCAAAAAUUUUUCUUUUGUAUAUAUAUAUAAAUGUGAAAAUUAAAAAGUGUUCACCAAAAAAAAAAGUGAUUGAAAUUUCUGAUGCCACGUUAGGGGUGGAUAUGUACUACUGAACCCAAGGGUCACACGCGAAUCAUGGUUGCCAAGCAUUUCAGUCAGGGUUCAAGCCCUGAGUCCGGCGUGCCGGACAUGACCAUCAUCAGUGACAUCGACGAGACUGGCAUCAAUCGAAAUCUUCAGGUCCGAUACGAUCGGGACCAAAUAUACACUUACACUGGAUCUAUACUUGUGGCUGUGAAUCCUUACAAGGAAGUGGAUUAUUACACACUGGAUUAUGUGAAUCGUUACCAUGGCCAAAAGAUGGGAGCUCUUGAGCCUCACGUGUUUGCUCUUGCCGAAGCAGCCUAUCGGUCUCUUCAAGACACUGAUAGUAAUCAAUCAUGUGUAAUAUCAGGCGAGAGUGGAGCUGGGAAAACUGAAACCACAAAAUUUAUCCUCCAAUAUCUUUGCUCCGUCACCAGUAAUGUUGACACUUGGGUAGAACAGCAAAUCCUGGAAGCAAACACCAUUUUAGAAGCAUUCGGUAACGCAAAGACGGUUCGAAAUGACAACAGUUCACGAUUUGGUAAAUUCAUGCAAGUCUGCUUUGACAAUAAAUGGAUGAUAAAGGGCUGUAUAAUUCAAGAUUAUCUUCUCGAACAAAGUCGUAUAACAUUUCAAAGUACAGACGAAAGAAAUUAUCAUGUUUUUUAUCAACUCGUUGAAGCUGGUACACGUGACAAGGAAUUUGCCGAACAAUAUAAAUUAAAACCAGCAAAUAAUUAUAAAUAUUUAAACGAUUCAGGAUGUACAAAAAUUGAUGGUAUUUCUGAUUUAAAAAAAUUCGACGCCCUUCGAUUGGCAUUCAGUGUUCUUCAAGUGCCAGCCGAAAUGUGUGAUGGUAUUUUUCGUGUUCUCUCGGCAAUACUUUGGUUGGGAAAUCUUAAAUUUGAAGAUGUUGACGGUGAAAGAUGUGAAUUAUCAAAAGAGGAUAAUGAAAUUAUUGCAAAUAUUGCUCCACUUUUGGGACUUAAUGUUGAAGAUCUCACGAGAAUUGUUCUUGAGAGGCAAAUUAAUGUUCGUGGGAAUAUUACUGAAAUUCCACUCAAGGUACAAGAGGCAAAGGAAAAUAGACACGCAAUGGCAAAGGCAUUGUACUCAAGAACAUUUGCAUGGCUUAUUAAUCACAUUAAUAAUUGUACAAAUCCAGGUCAGGAUAUUUCGAGGUUUCUUGGAGUUUUGGAUAUAUUUGGUUUUGAAAAUUUUCACGUUAAUAGCUUUGAGCAAUUGUGCAUUAAUUACACGAAUGAGAAACUUCAUAAGUUCUUCAAUCAUUAUGUAUUUGCCCUCGAGCAGGAACUGUAUCGUCAAGAGGAGAUUCAAUAUUCUCACAUAACAUUCACGGAUAAUACACUCUGUUUGGAGUUGAUUGAAAAGCCACCUCGUUGUGUUUUGAAACUUCUCACGGAACAAUGCCACAUGCCAAAAGGAUCGGAUCUUGCGUACUUGACAAAUCUUCAUGCGGAAUUUGAGAAUCAUCCGUGUUACGUGAAAGGCGAUGAUCGUCGUAAAUGGGAGACUGAAUUUGGAUUGAAACAUUAUGCGGGAUCGGUAACCUACACAGUGGAGGGUUUUGUCGACAAGAAUCGUGACGUUCAACAGGAUGUAUUUUUUGAUUUUAUGUCACGAAGUACAAAUGAAUUUGUUCAACGAAUCACUGCUUAUCAGGAUUUACUUGGUUGUACUGUGGCGCGUGCAUCGGGGAAUGCAACGACAAUGUCGCGUGGUACAUCGAAAGGUAAACCAACACUUUGUGAUUCAUUUCGUCAUCAAUUGCAGGCACUCGUUGAUGUUCUUCAAGCGACAACGCCAUGGUAUGCGCGAUGCAUUAAGCCAAAUAUGACAAAAAUUGCCAAUAAUUAUGAUGAGAAAUUAGUGCUCGAUCAAUUGAAAUAUCUUGGAAUGUUGGAUAUUAUUCGAAUACGAAAGGAAGGUUAUCCGGUUCAUAUGGAAUUUCGUGAUUUUAUCACAAGGUACACGUGUCUUGAGAGAGGAAGAUUGUCAUUGCCACGUGACGAGAGAGAAGCUGUGCGUUGCUUGAUGAGAAAUAAAAAAAUUCCCGCCACCGAGUGGCAAAUUGGCGUUAAUAAAGUAUUUCUCCGACGAUUUGUUCACGAGCCCCUUGAGGACGCGAGAAAUCAAAUUAUCACGAGCAAUGCAAUUAUCAUUCAAAAGAUCUGGCGUGGUUUUAUUGUCAAACGCGAAUACGAGAGAGUGAAAGAAGCAGCUUUAAAGAUUCAACACGCGUAUCGUGGCUGGAAGUUGAGGAUAAUGUUCAUCAGAAAACGUCGAGCGGCGAUUGUAAUACAGUCCCAUCUUCGUGGAGUUUUUGCAAGGGAAGUGGCAGCAGCUUUGAGAGAAAUGAGACGUGUCGAUGAGGAGAUGAGAAAACGCGAACGCCUGGAAGAAGAGAGAAGAUUAAUGGAAGAAAAGAAAGCAGCCGAAGAGAAUCAGAGUGCACAGUACAAUGGCAUUGUGGGAAUGGAAGAAGGAAAAGCCGAGGAAGAGAUUGCGGCACUUUCACAAAUGGCGGAGCAAUUAAAUUCAAAAAUGGCAACAUCCGAAUUACAAUCAGUCGAUUUGGACAAUCUUUUUUCAUUUCUCUCGGAUGUGCAAUCGUCAAAGAGCAAUCAAAUAAUUGAGGAGAUUGGCGAGAAAAUGGAUGAGCUUGUUGAGAAUUUGGACGAGGAAUUGGAGACUGUGAUCCAGCAGGAAAUGGAAAAGAACGCAAAAGCUGAAUUAAAAGCACAAGCCACGGAAAUUCAAGACAAUCAACGAAUCAUUGGGAAUAAUAAUAAACUUGGUCCACCGACACUGCCGGAACCAACGGGUCCACCACCGCCACCACCACCACCUCCUAUUAUAACAAAUGGAAAAUCCUCCUCAGACAAUGGUGAACCAAUUUAUGAGUCUGUAUUGCCUCGAGAGGAAAAUGGACCAACGAGUCCAGUGCAAAUUAACGGUAAUGGUCCUCUAAUGAAUGGUGAUAUUCAUCCAUCGAUAACGAAAAUAAAGGAACCACAAGCCGGAAGUCCACCGCCGUUGGUCGAAGCAAGAAGUACAAGUCUUCAUCAUAAUCCACAGCAAAUUAAUGGUCACGAUCAGCAACAACAGAUGCAGCAGCAACAACAACAACAACAACCGCAGCAAUUGCAACAACCGGCAGAACGUGAGCAAAGACGAAAAUUCCGUGUUGAACGAAAACUUCAGGAACUUGAGGAUAAAAAAGAGGUUCCCGAGGGUGAAAAUUAUCAUGAUAUUAUGGAAUUUGCGCAAAAUUAUUUUAAUAGUCAUGAACGAUCACCAGAGGGAACGAUUAUGGCUACAUUGACGAGAAAAUCCCGUGGCAAGAGUAUGGAAUAUGUUCCGAAAUAUGAAAUGGUCACUUAUUAUAAGGGAUCAACUAUUCCAAAUUCACAUAUUCAUAUGUACGAUCCUGAUAAUGUUAAUGUUGCCUGCUCCGUAUUCAGGGACCUCUGUAAAUAUCUUCGCGGUGAAAUGAAAUUAGAACAAGAAAUAGCAACAAUACAAAGUGUAAUUGGUUAUGGAAUCGAACGUGAGGAAUUACGUGAUGAAAUACUCGUGCAAUGUAUACGUCAAGCGACAAAUAAUCCAAAUCAAGAAUGGGCCGAACGUGUAUGGCUUCUUCUUUGUUUGGCAAUUGUUGCAUUUCAACCAAGUAAAUUACUUUAUAAAUAUUUUUGUUCAUUUUUACGAAAAAAUCUUGCCCUCGAGGGAAAAUUACGUCAAUAUGUGCAAUGGUGUGUGGAUAAUUGUAAAAAUACAAAAGUCUCAUGUCGACAAUAUCCACCAUCAACAGUUGAAAUUGCUGCAAUGCGACGUCUCGGUACAAUUGUUUGUCGUUUCUUUUUUUUGGAUGGUCGUACAAAAGCAAUUGAUGUACAUCCAACUGAUACAGCAGCUGAUGCUGUUGCAAAACUUGCCGAAAAAUUGGGACUACGCUCAUUGGAAGGUUGGGCAAUUUAUCAAAGUCGUCCCGAUGGUGAAGAACAUGUGCGUGCACAUGAUUAUCUAUAUGAUGUGAUUGCUGCUUGGGAAAUGAAACAAUGUAAAUUAAAUACAGCACAAUCGGCAUUUCCAACAUUGAGAAGGGGUAAUAAUCCAACAUUAGGAAGUGGUGAUAAUAGAUUUGUUUUUAAACGGCGAUUGUUUAGAAAUACACGUGAAUUGUCACAGGAUCCAGUUGAGGUGAAUAUGUUGUAUUCGCAGGCUGUUUACAAUGUUGUGAAAUUGGAUGAUUUUCCCGUUUCGGAGAAAGUUGCACUUCAAUUGGCGGGAUUACAGGCACAGGUAAUGCUUGGCGAUCCAAAGGAUAAUGAUCGUUUGGAUUAUUAUAGUGAAGUUGAUAGUUUUUUGCCUUAUCGAAUAAGUAGAGCGAGAGGCGAUGAUGUUUGGGUUCCGAUUAUUGCUCAAGCUCAUAGACAAUAUGGUGCUAAUCGUUCGGAAUUGACGGCAAAAGUUUUGUAUCUCUCGUGUGUUAUGCAGUAUCCAUUGUAUGGAACGACGAUGUUUAAUGUCACCUAUCGUGGUUAUUGGUCGUAUGGCAAUCAAUUGAUAUUGGGAAUAAAUUGCGAUGGAUUGAUGUUGAUUAAACCUGAUGAUAAAUUUGUUUUAUCCGAAUAUCGCUAUCACGAUGUUGAAAGUAUAAUGCUCGAUCCCAGUGAUUCUUUUAUAACAAUUUCAUUGUUACGACACAAUCCUGAUAGUUCGCAUAAAUGUUUUGUAUUUGAAACGACGCAGAAGAACGAAAUUGGUAGUUUGAUUGUGAGCUAUUGUCCAGCACUUGCUGGAUGGAUUACGGAGAAUGAGGCGCCAAUGAAAAAACUAAAAGGUACGACAAAUGAGGAUCGUAUUCGGCUUUAUCAUAAUUUGGUGAAUUGUCGUAGAACUCUUGUUGAUUCGGAAGCACUUCGUAAACCACAGGAUACUGGCGGUGGAUUUUUGCGAAAUACUUUGAGACGUUUGUCGAAACAUCGGAUAGAGAAACUUCGUCAAGAGCACGGUAGUUCAACGGAUCAUGGCGAGACUUACAAGGGCUUUCAUUAUGGAUAUUGGGCGUUUAGUAGACAGAGUGUACCACAGAGUUUGUCGAAAUUACCCGACGCUGAGGAACAAAUUUCCCUGAGUGUUUUUCAAUUAAUUUUGACCUACGCAGGUCUUGGACAAAAUGGAGACACUGUCAAACGUGUGGAGGAUGAACACGUGAAUCUCAUUCAAACUGUUAUGGAACGUUGCAUGCGAAAGGAAAAUCUCCUUGGUGAAUUGUAUCUUCAAUUGAUAAAACAAACAACAGAUCAUCCGGAUCCAAACAGUCGUGUUAAUCUCCGUCACUGGGCACUAUUGUCCCUGGCAUGUUCGGUGAUUCUACCGCCUCAGAAAAUAAUCAGAAAAUAUUUAAUGUCACAUUUGAAACGUUGUGCCAGUGAUUAUGUAACAGAAGAAGGUAAAUAUGCCCGUUUCGCUGAGAAAUGUCUCUACAAAACCCAGGGAACAAGACGACGACAAUGGCCACCGAGUCGUGAGGAAAUUAUGUGUACGAUAAAUCGACGAUUAAUUUAUGCACGAUUUCAUUUUAUGGAUGGUCAAUAUCAUGCUGUUGAAUUUCAUCCAUCAGCAACAGCGCGCGACGUUAUGGAAAUUAUCAAAGCAAAAAUUGGACUCGAAGAAACUGCAAUGGGCUAUGCAAUCUAUGAAGUUUUGGGAUCAUCCGAACGUUCAUUAAUUCCCGAGGAGAAACUCGCUGAUGUUAUGUCAAAAUGGGAACGUUAUCGAACAGCAAGCGCCACACAAGGUCAACCAACGAGAAAACACGCUCAUCAUUUAUUCCUAUUUAAGAAACAUUUAUUCCUCGAUCAAUACAUGAAUUUGGAUGAUCCAGUCGAAAAGGAAUUACUCUAUCAUCAAGUAUUACACGAUCUUCGUGCUGAUCGUUUUCCAAUUACUGAAAAAGAAGCAAUGAUGUUGACUGCCCUACAAUCACAAGUGGAACUUGGUGACAGUCAAGAUGUGGCAAUCGGUGAGGAAUAUCUCGCAAUCGCUGGACAUUGUUUACCAGCGAGAAUUGUUGCCAAUUUAUCAAUAGAAGGUGUUGUUCAACAUCAUCAAUCGCUACGCGGAAUGCAUUCAUCAGAAUCGAAAAAAUCAUUUUUAAAUCUUAUUCAAUCAUGGCCAUUGCACAAGGCAACGAUAUUUGAUGUAAUGCAAUCGUUUACCUCUAAUUGGCCCCGAAUUCUUUGGUUAGCCGUUGAUCAAAAAGGACUCCAUCUUCUUGAACAUCGAUCUAGAAAUUGUCUCUGUACCUAUGAAUAUGGAACUAUUUUGAGCUUCAGUCCGGCUAUUAAUUGUCUAAUGAUCAUCACUGGAAGUGACAAAAAGCAGAGUAAAGUUAUUCUCACGACGUCACAGGCCUUCCAAAUAGCAAAUUUAAUUCGCGAAUACACUGAGGUUCUACAAGCGCCACCUGAUAUUCCAAAACGAGAUUCCACAAUUGUUCAACAAAUAAAUCAACAGCAUAUUGUUCCUGCAACAACACCAGGAAAUCGUAAAUCCCGACCAGCGUCAAUGUUGCAUCGAGGAGCUCCUGUGAUUCAUUCCCAAGCUAGUUAAAAAGUCUGAGAAAACGCACACACACAUACACAUAAAAAUCGUUAUUAUAUAGUUAGGUAAACUUAUUUUCUGCCCAUGAGGCCUAGCAAAAAUUAACAAUUAUUUUUCUUUUCGAAAAUACGUGACAAUCUUUAAAGAAAAAAUUGUCAGUGUGCAAAUCAAUUUUCUUAAAAACGAGAGAAAAAAAAUCGAUUUGCCCUCUUAUUUGAAAAAAGGUACUGAGUACUUCUUCCAAUGUAUUUAAAAAUUUAGCUUCGAUAUCGAAAGAAGAUUUCAAAGCAAUUAGAAUAUUAACUGCCUCCCCCUUUAUGGUAAUUUAAAUUCAUUCCAAGCGAUGGAGAAAAUACUGCCAUACAAAAUUUUUACAAUAUUAAAGUAUGGAAAGCACAAAAAAAGUCCAAAGAAAAUAUGUAUAAUUGACAUUGAUUGACUAUUUACUGGUAAUAAUUGAAUUUAUUAAUCGUGUCAUCGUUUUAUACGCGUCGUUGCUUUUCUAUACUCGAGUUCUUGACGUUUUUUGAUAAGAGCUUUAUCGUGUGUUUAAUAAUCUCGCCCCUCGCCCCCCUUUCCUUCAUCAUUCGUUACCGAAUGCCAAAUAAUUAUAAAUACUUUCCCCUCGAGAUUACAUCAGUAUUUAGAAAAAACAGAGAAAGGAAAAAAAAUCUUUUUCCACGUUUUUACCGAUAGUUAUGGCCAAGUUACCAAUUUUAAUACAUAUAUAUUAAUAAUAGUGUAAAUCGAAAUUUUUUGAUUUUUUUAAAUACAGAAAGACUGCCGAACUAUUAUUGUAUAAAAAAAAAUCGGAGAUGCAAUUUCUAGGUGACAAUUUAUUAUUCAAAGUCCCGCAGUUUUUUUAAUCGGAUCGUAAUUAUAUUUUAUUUAAUUAAAAUUUUUUUCAUCGAAAAAGUCGAAAAUGUUUAAUUAAAUAAAAUUAAAUUUACUUGAUUCUAAAUUUCAAUUUAAUUUAAUUUUUCAAAUCGCGCCCCCUGAUGAAAAAUACUAUUCCGAUUAUUAAUAAAUUUUACACUGCAAUAAUUGUAAUUAUAUAUUGAAAAUUUAUAUAAAGAAAAAAUUUACAACACGCUUAGAAUUGUAUCAACGCAUAUCACAAUUCAAUUUUGAUAAAGAAACCGAUUUAUUAUUAACAAUUUUACUUUUUACAUAAUUUUCUAAAUUGUCUUUUUACUUUUCUACGAAAAAAAAUUUUUUUUUUGGUUUUUAAUCACGUUCAAGUUAUUGUGCCUCGAAAAAUAUUUUCAACUCAUUGUUUUUUAAUUAUCCGAAAUUUAAUUUCGCAUGUAAAUACGAUGCACAUAUA